GUUGCACAUGAUUUUGUAUAAAAGGUGAACUGAGAUUUCAUUCAGUCUACAGCUCUUGCCAGGCAAGGCAGCCGACCACAGUUUCUAGUGGGCUUCAUUGUUUGCUUCCCAGACCAGGAUGAAGACACUCCAGUUUUUCUUCCUUUUCUGUUGCUGGAAAGCAAUCUGCUGCAAUAGCUGUGAGCUGACCAACAUCACCAUUGCAAUAGAGAAAGAAGAAUGUCGUUUCUGCAUAAGCAUCAACACCACUUGGUGUGCUGGCCACUGCUACACCAGGGAUCUGGUGUAUAAGGACCCAGCCAGGCCCAACAUCCAGAAAACAUGUACCUUCAAGGAACUGGUAUAUGAAACAGUGAGAGUGCCUGGCUGUGCUCACCAUGCAGAUUCCUUGUAUACAUACCCAGUGGCCACCCAGUGUCACUGUGGCAAGUGUGACAGCGACAGCACUGACUGUACUGUGCGAGGCCUAGGGCCCAGCUACUGCUCCUUUGGUGAAAUGAAAGAAUAAAGAUCAGUGGACAUUUCAGGCCACAUACCCUUGUCCUGAAGGACCAAGAUAUUCAAAAAGUCUGUGUGUGUGCAAUGUGCCCAGGGGACAAACCACUGGAUCAGGGGAUUCAGACUCUUGAUCCCUGGUCUACUGGCAGAGGGAACUCUGGGAAUUAAGAGUGCUGGGGGCCAGGACUCCAUCAUGAUUCAGCUCUAUAUUCCUAGGUCUGAUUUCAUAAGGUUUAUUCAGUCUUAACUCACAGACUUGUACCUGGUUUCUUCUUUAAAAAUCUUAGAAAUCUUCUCAGGCAAUGCCUCUCUCUUAGGGGGAAACAUAAGCCUAGAAGGAGGAAGCAGUAAUGGGAGUGAGUGAAAGAACUAACUGCAGCAGUCUUCUGGUAGACUCUUGGGCCCUCUAGAGCAAGGUCAGCAUCUUCAGCAUUGUAGCGUCAAUGCCUAGCACUCUGCCUGGAACUUAGAAACACAACAAUGGCUUCUUUAGAUCAGAAAGGUCAAGGGUAGAAAAUACUGGAAGAGGAUGUUUGAGGUAAGCUGAUGAGGCUGCCCGCAGCCACACCAGUCCCAUGAAAGUAGUGGCAUCAGUUCCACCUCGCCUUUUCUCCAGCACAUGGAGUAUUGAGACAUGAUGUAUCUUUCUGAAUUGUUCGGUACAGAUGGGGAGUAACAGAGCUCAAGAUUUCCAAGCUAUUACUACCAAGCCUGUUAGUUAAGGGCAAAGGCAAGAAAUUGUAAUUUGGGGCUGUGGAAAUCAGCCUGCCUCUAUUCAUUACUUAAACAAAUUGAUCACAUGCUACUAGGCUCCUGCAAAACUCCUUUUUGAGAUAAAGGGAAAAAACCAAACUAUCUCACCCUACCCUCCCUAGGAUCCACUUCUUUGGAAUGACAAAGGAUUUGAAAGUAGGUUUGAAAGCAGUUUCAGCAAUUUAAUAAAUAUAAUUAAUUUGUCUACAAAUAUAUUUGUAUAAAUAAAUAGCUCCUUUAGAAAGAAUUAGCCAUGGGGGACGAGGGGAAACUGCUGCUUUCUAGGAUCCUGUCUACAUCAAUCUUCUAUUUUAUCCACCCAUGUUCUCCCAAAUCUGUGCUUUCUUUCAACAGGUUAUAUAUUAAAACUAUUUCAUGAGUUGAUUUCUUUUAAACGUGUUAACUGUCUUAGUUAUGCACUCAGUUUCACACUCAUAUUGUUUAACUAAUUUAUUUAAAUCUUAUUUUUUUAAUAAAGAUGCUAGCCACCAGAGUCACAGGCUUGGAUUGUUUUAUGUACAAACAGAUGACUUAGAUAUUCUGUAUUUUAUAAUAUUAGUGGAAUGAAAUCUUAAAAUAUAAUUCCCAGUGUUUCUAUAAAUAUUACCUUUCCUUAUCUUUGGGGAUAUUAAAAAUAAUUUUGUUGGA